CCAUAUUAGCGUGCUAGCGUACUGAUCAGAUUGAGGACAGUGUGUGUCAAUAGGGUUGCGUACUAGCCGUUGAUGUGGGUGAAACCUUCUGAAGUUCUUUUGGCUAACACAUUGUGGUCGACCGAGAGGUCCAAUUUGUUUUUUGGACUUCAGAAACGACGAGGCCAUGGUGGUGGUGGUGGUCUAGCUGGCAGAGUCAUCGGAACUUGGGAUAAUGUCUUUGACACGAAGCCGUUACCUUACCGAGUGCUUCUUCAGACGCAAUCUUCCGAGAUAAGUUACGUGAUUGCUGUUGCUCCCUCUCUUGAUGAAAUAUUGAAACACUGGAUAUGGUUAGAGGAGGAAUUGCUGCCAAUUUUGGUGAACUUUGAAGCAGAAGACGAGGCAGCUCAGUUUGUUCACGCCAAAGUAGAAAGUUUGUUGUGUUCUGAAGAAACAGCAGACACUACUGUCAAAGAACUUGACCCUGAAAGUGCAAAAUUCAAGUCUAGUGCAGCACGGUUUCACAGAUUGUUUGAUAUGCCUGAUGAAGAGGAACUAGUCAAUUAUUAUGCGGCCAGCUAUUGGAAGGGCAAGGUUCCUCGUCAAGGUUGGCUUUAUUUGUCAGUCAAUCAUCUAGCAUUUUACUCAUUCAUGAUGGGAAAGGAAGAUGUAGUGGUGGUCAAAUGGGCUGACAUUGUGAACUUGUCUAAACAAAGCAGCAUGGUUCUGCCUGAUGGGAUCUUAGUUAAUACGAAAACAAAAGAGUAUUCUUUUUCUCUACUACGGAAUGCUGAUGAGGCUUUUGGUUUAAUGGAGCAACUGGCAAAACUGACAAUGAAGAAAAUUCUUGAUGGAAAUGAAAGUGCAAGUUUGCUCUCUCUACCGCUGUCAUCUGCUGGCAGUACAAGGCAAUCUUCUCUCAAGAGGGAUCUGGAUAUACGAGCCCAGAGUGAACUGUACAGGGCUCAAUUUGCACUUCCCCAAGGUGAACGCCUUCAUGGAUUUUGUGAUUGCACUUUGUGGACUCCAUUUGCAAAAGCUCAUGUACUGGGAAAAUUUUAUUGCUCACCAAAUUACAUUUGUUUUGCCAGUAAAAUCAAGCUUCUUUGCAAUGUAGUGAUUCCUAUGAGGGAAAUGUCAUCUGUGGAGAAGGUUACAAAGUCAGAUGUACUACCUAAUGCCAUUCAUAUAACAACAAGGUCUAAGACAACGUUUCUGUUUGCCUCACUUCAAGAUCGAGACAUGCUUUGUGAACAGAUAUCAGACUUUCUUUCUCGAACACCAACUGCAGAGAAACUUAAUCUCAAUGGAGUGAAAAGUCGCGUUGAACUCACCGGUCCACUAAUGACAUUGUUUGACAAAACGGCUGAAGAUGAUUUCAAUCAUCGUGAAGUGAUUAAAGAGAAUUUGUGGGAGUUACAUUUCUCAGAAUAUGGGAGAGGCAUCUGUAUGUAUCGCACACGAAGUCUUCGUGAUCUUAUAUUGAAAGGAAUUCCUGCAUCUUUACGGAGAGAUAUCUGGAUGAUCUCGUCAGGUGCUAUUAAUGAUCUGGAAACCAAUCCUGAAUAUUACACAAAGUUAGUAAUUGAUGGCUGUGGUUAUAGUGCUUCAGUGGCUGAAGAGAUUGAACGAGAUUUGCAUAGGUCACUUCCGGAGCAUCCUGCAUUUCAGUCAGAUGUAGGAAUAGCUGCUUUGCGUCGUGUGCUUCAAGCGUAUGCCACCAGAAAUCCAAGCAUAGGAUACUGUCAAGCCAUGAACAUUGUUUGCUCGGUGUUGCUUGUGUUUUCAUCAGAGGAAGAAGCAUUCUGGUUAAUGGUUGCAAUAUGCGAGAGGCUUUUGCCUGAUUAUUAUAACACAAGAGUUGUUGGAGCUUUAAUUGACCAACAUGUAUUUGAAGCACUUGUGAAAGAGCAUCUUCCUGAUUUGUUUGGUCAUCUUGAAGGACUUGGUGUUCUGUCUAUGAUUACACUAUCAUGGUUUCUUACUCUGUUUCUCAGUGUCAUACCUUACAAGUGUGCUGUUCAUAUUAUUGAUUUCUUUUUUCUGGAUGGAGCUAAGGCUUUAUUUCAGAUUGCUCUUACAGUAUUGGAUGCUAAUAGACGAGAGCUAUUAGCUGUGGAAGAUGAUGGAGAGGCUAUGAGUGUUCUUGGCAGUUACCUUGGUAGGAUCACAAACAGAGAUACCAAGAAGUCACCUGGCACAACAAUUGAUCCUGAUUCUAUUGCAACUGCUCAUCAUCAAACUUCAAAUGUGAACUCAGUUGCUUCAGUUGAUGUGGCGGACUUGGUUCAACUGUCUGAUAGACAGUUUGGACUCAUUUCACAGGAACGCAUUGAGACACUUCGAAAUUCUUUUCGGCUUAAAGUUGUACAGGGACUUGAAGAAUCAUCCAAAAAGAGUUGUAUUCGAGCCAUGAGUGAUGAAAGUUUAUUUGACAUGAAGGAGUUGGAAUAUUUGUACUGUUUGUUUAUGGAAUGUUACCGUGACGGACUUCUGUGGCAUCACAAGUCUCAUCAUGCACGAUUGCCUAUUGGUAGUAAUCCUCAGUUAAUUGGUAUUGACGAAACGUCUUUUUGUAAGAUCUUUGAGUUGUUAUCACCUUGGGAACAGGGUGAAUGCACAUCGUUACUGGCUGAAUGGCUAUUUCAUUUCAUGGAUACAACUUCUGAAGGCAAUGUCACAUUUUACUUAUUUGUUCAGACCUUGGGAGUGCUAUUGCGAGGAGAUUUAAAACGUCGGCUUUUGCUGCUGUACCAACUACAUGUCUUGCAAUCUUGUGAUGUUACUGAUAAGGUUUUGGAUACUACUGAAGGGAAACCCAAUGACCAUCAUCACUUCAGUGGACAGCCAUCCUUGGAAACCACAUCCAUUAUAUCGACAGAUGCAAUGAAAGAAAAACCUGUUCACAGUGAAGAAGUUUCGACACAGUCUGUCGCGGGAGAUGCUGAACGUUUUGCUACAACAAGGCCUUUGCAUUUGAGUAUGACACGUGUACUGAUUGAGGCUGGUAAUGAUUCGAAUUUUGGCAGUUCACCUGCCUCAUCUCCUUCAGGAAGUGAAAGUAGUUUAGUACAUACCGUUCCACUUAUGAGUCAGGAACAAUUCAUUCGUUUAUGGAAAACGAUGUACAGUUUUCUUAAUGACAAUGAUGAUUCACAUCAGACUUUAUUCAGUGCGGUAGCUCGUUGUGGUAAUUUAUUACUGCAACUUGGACAGAAGAAGUGUUCGGAUAACCAAGAUCAAACUGACUUGAACGACGCAGGUAAGGACAAAGAACUGACAAAUGUUAGAAAUAGAGGGAAAACACCAGAGCCACUGCGUUGUUGGUCUCUGUCAUUCAAGCAGUUCUAUGAUGCUGUUCGAAUGGAAUCAGUCCUUAGCGAGUUUUUUGUGCAAGAUUGGAGCUUUCGGAUGGUUUCACGAAAUCCUGAUCCUGGCCACAAGUCAACUUAGGAGCGCAAUGACUUUCUAUUGUUAUCAAUUUUAGUAACAAGUAUUUCUUUGUGUUUAAUAGUAAUGAUCUUCAAUAUUUUUAUUAUUAAAAUUCGCCAGUAACAGGCUUA